CGUGUCGUGUGAAAGCGGAUAUUAUGAAACACGAUCCACACUGUCAUGUGUCCGGGCCCCAUUGUCCGACUCCUUGAUCUUCGAGGCGUCCAUGCAGAUGCAGUCAGUCCUCUGCGUCCCAUCGAUCGAUCGAUCGAUCGCUGUCCAAUCCUGUUCUUGUGAUGGAGUACGUUCAUGUCCGAGCAUUCUUUCAUCUCCAAGCAGCAAGUCCAUGGGAACACGCGCCCACUGAUGGAGCUGUAGCUGUAGAGGAACACUGUCAGGACCUGAAUUUGCUUUGGAAUGAUGGUUCAAUGAUGGUUCGACGACAGUUCACGCACCUUGAUUUCUGAUGGAAGGCAUGGUGUCCUGGUUUCGUUUCGACUGCGGUCGCUCGUUCUGAAUCGGGAUCUCUCGGGGAGAUAUGCCUGAGACGACUGGUUUGCAGAAAGUGUUGCUGCGAGGAAGUUUCUUGUGUGAGCGGCAGAGUCGAAGCAUCUCUCGUUGCUUUGCACAUGUGCAUGUUUCUCGGCGGUUUGGAGACUUUCUGGGUCCCACUUCGCGUGAAUUUUUAUCUCGAAGCCAGAGAUUGAGGGCGAGGAGGAAUAAGAGCAAGUCCGUCGUGACAACUACUAUUAGUUCAUUGAUCACAGCAAUUGCUAUCUCUGGAAUGGACAUGGCCAUGGGACAAUCCGAUCGCCAUGACUGGGAAGAUCCGAGUGUAGUGAGGUGGAAUACACGAAGGGCUCAUGUACCACUACAUUGUCACAGCAAUGUCGAAGAAGCUUUAAAAUUUUUGCGAGGACGAAGUUUAUUAAAUGUGAAGGAUGGAGAUGAGGCUGUCUGGGGCGACGACGCUAUUGCUGCAGCUCUGGAAAGUGCUGCCUUCUGGGUUAAGGGUCUGACUAAUGUGCUUUCCCUCAGUGGAUACUGGAAGUUUCAUCUUGCUCCCAAGCCUCGAGAAGUUCCGCUUGGAUUUCAACUAGUGGACUUCGACGAUGGCAGCUGGUCCUCAUUGCCAGUGCCUUCAAACUGGCAGAUGCAUGGCUUCGAUCAGCCUAUUUACACCAAUAUUGUCUACCCGUUUCCGAUCAACCCACCUAAGGUACCUGAACAAAACCCAACAGGCUGCUACCGAAGAUCCUUCAAACUGCCUACUGAGUGGAAAGGACGUAGAAUUUUCAUAAGUUUUGAAGGUGUUGAUUCCGCUUUUUACAUCUGGAUCAAUGGCAUUUUUGUCGGCUACAGCCAGGAUAGCAGAUUGCCGGCCGAAUUCGACAUCACUGAUUAUUGUCGAGGAGCUGAAUCCAACGACGAGAAUACUUUAGCUGUGCAAGUAAUGCGAUGGAGUGAUGGAUCUUAUCUAGAAGAUCAAGAUCAUUGGUGGCUCUCCGGUAUCCACAGGGACGUCAUCUUGUUUUCCAAGCCGGAGGUUAUGAUUGCAGACUACUCCGUUCAAACAGAUUUGUUCGAAAACAACGCACUGGCGACCGUACAGGUUCAGGUUGUUGUGGAGGCACCCAGUGACCUGGUAUCCACGUCUGGCCUGUCUUCGUAUUCUGCCGAAGUUCUUAUUUAUGAGUCAUGGUCUCAUGCUCUACCCUCUGAAUUCGAUGAGGAUAAAAUGCCUCCAGAGGUCGGGAGAGCUGAGUUGCGAGGAAUAAACGAUUCGUCUGUUGGAUGUCAUGCACGCGGGACACUGACUCUGAAAAUAACCCAUCCGAACUUGUGGUCGGCAGAAAAGCCUUACUUGUACACGCUUGUACUGCUGUUAAAAGAUUCAGAAGGGAAAGUAGUGGACUGUGAAGCGUGUCGCAUUGGGAUACGCCAAAUUACAAAAGCCUACAAGGAAGUGCUUGUAAAUGGUAUGCCCGUCAUAUUUCGUGGAGUCAAUCGACAUGAACAUCACCCGCGUCUCGGCAAGACGAACAUUGAGGCUUGCAUGAUUAAAGACAUCACCCUAAUGAAGCAGCAUAAUAUAAAUGCAGUCCGGAACAGCCAUUAUCCACAGCAUCCUCGCUGGUAUGAGCUGUGUGACCUCUUUGGCCUCUACAUGAUUGAUGAAGCGAAUAUUGAGACGCAUGGUUUUGAUCCUGAGCCUUGGAAUCAACCUCAGAGACAACUCACAUGGGAUCCACUGUGGGCGACUGCAAUGCUGAGUCGUGUAAUAAAUAUGGUGGAGAGAGAUAAGAAUCAUGCGAGCAUCAUUUAUUGGUCAUUAGGAAAUGAAGCUGGGUAUGGCCCAAAUCAUGACGCAAUGGCUGGAUGGGUCCGUUCCAGGGAUCCGACAAGGCCUGUACACUAUGAGGGAGGUGGAUCCAGAACUACAGCAACGGAUGUUGUGUGCCCAAUGUACAUGCGUGUUUGGGAUAUCGUCAAGAUAGCUAAAGAUACUGAAGAAUCGCGGCCACUUAUACUUUGCGAGUACUCACAUUCCAUGGGCAAUAGUAACGGAAACUUUCAUAAAUAUUGGGAGGCCAUCGAUGAAACGCAUGGCCUGCAAGGAGGUUUCAUCUGGGAUUGGGCUGAUCAGGGUUUGUUGAAAAGUGGACCUGACGGUAUAAAACACUGGGCAUAUGGAGGCGAUUUUGGGGAUGUACCAAAUGACUUGAACUUCUGCCUCAAUGGGUUGAUUUGGCCGGACAGAACGGCGCAUCCUGCCCUUCAAGAGGUGAAACACGUUUAUCAGCCCAUUGGAAUAAUGUUAACUGGUGAUCAAGUGCAGAUCUGGAACAAACAAUUUUUUACAUCGCUGGACGACGUGGAAUUUAGUUGGGCACUCUAUGCUGAUGGUUCACUUAUAGGAUCCGGACCACUAGAUCUUCCAAUCCUUGGGCCCAGAGAAAAGCACUUGAUUCCAUCUGAAAGUGAACCAUGGUAUAAACUCUGGAAAUCUUCGUCGGGACAUGAACUUUUUCUGACAAUAACAGGGAGGUUGUCAUCUACUAACUCGUGGGCAGACAAAGGACACUUUGUUGCCUCCCAGCAGCUAAGCCUUCCUCCUGCACUUCCUCGACAUGUCAAGGUUUUUGCUUCAUCGGACAGGCCAACACGAAACCUGGUACUUUCUGAGGGCACGGAUACGAUUUCUAUAAAGUCAGACACUAGUGAUUGGGUCAUGAUUUUUGAUAGGGAUGGCGGGGUGAUGAAGUCCUGGAAGGUGAAGGAGCACGGUGUCGUCUCUAGUGGUCCCGUGCCUUGCUUCUGGAGGGCCCCAACUGACAAUGACAAAGGUGGAGGCGAUAAUAGUUACGAUUCCAGAUGGAGAGCUGUCGGUCUGGAUAAAUUGAGUGUUGUGUGUAAGACGGGCAUUCAAAUCUGUGAGCAUUCAACCCAUUACUUGGAGCUCAAAGCCACUCUUUACGUGGAACCCAUCGACUCACAUCAGUAUAUGUCUGACCCAAGCCCACCCGGAGAAGGCAGGACAGGCGAAUCUUUUUGGUUCGAAGUCGGAGUAAUUUAUAAAAUCUACGGGACUGGUGAUCUUGUCAUUGACUAUGAUGUCAAACCUAACAGCAGGCUCCCAGCUUUACCUCGUAUUGGUAUUGAAUAUAAGGUAGACAAAAGCUGCAGCGAUGUAGAGUGGUAUGGCAGAGGCCCAAUUGAGUGUUACCCGGACAGGAAAUCAGCUGCACACAUCGGAGUAUACCAAUGCACAGUAGAAGGGCUGCAUGUACCAUACAUUGUGCCAGGAGAAUGUGGAGGAAGAGCAGAUGUGAGGUGGGUUGGAUUAUCUGACAAGGAAGCGGGAGUUGGCCUUCUUGCUAUGUCUACCCCAGAUAGUCCUAUGCAGAUGAACGUUAGUUACUACUCCACAAACGAACUCGACGCUGCAACUCAUGAAGAAAAAUUAAAUCGAAGUGGGGAAGUCCAGGUACAUCUUGAUCAUAAACACAUGGGACUCGGAGGUGAUGACAGCUGGACUGCAUGCGUACAUGAAGAAUUUACCCUUCCACCUAUACCGUAUCAGUUUUCUGUUCGUUUCCACGCUAUCAAUUCCAAAGUAAAGAGUUACUGCAGUGACGUUUUCCAUUCGCUACUGGAGUAGUUUGGUAUCCGUCAUGAUUGCGUCGUUUGUUGUAGAGUAGGGCAGCCUUUUCGCUAAAUAUGUCGAAAGGCAACUUCUGCUCAUUUAAUCAACUGAAGACGGACUGCAGUUGAUGGUCUUGCGUCAAGCUAGAUUCAAUUAGGUUUCACAUCUACGGUUUCUACUCACAUGUACAAUUAUUCCUAGUAACAAAUCCACUCUACAAGAGAGACAAGGGCGUCUGUGUAUUUUCACACCUUCUAAUUUCACUACCGCUACUCGUACUCUAUCGUGCUCUAUCGUGCCAAAUAUAUUAUUAUACAUGACAUUGUCAGUAGAUGGCCGU